AUGAGCAUGGCGCUGGCGUGCCCGAUUUUUGAUGCGUCUCAAGGCUUUGAGAUUUCUCCACACAGUUUCUACAGGUACCUCAAGAGCUCAGCCAUGUCUGCAAGCACCCGGACCCCAACCACCCUUCCCAAGACUCAGCAGUUCCCUGGAAACUGCACACUCGAGAGUGCCCUCAAAACCAUUGUGGAUGUCUACCACCGUUACAGCAUCCGGGAGGGCCAGCUCGACCUCCUCAACUUCAAUGACUUCAAGACGCUGCUGACUGAGCAGGCACCGACCUUCCUGCAAGCCUGUGGCAGGAACCAUCCCGAAUACCUGAACAAGCUCUUCAAAGAGACAGACUUAAAUAAGGACAAGGACCUGACUUUCGAGGAGUUCACCAUCGUCCUGGCCAAGCUCACAGAUGAUGCCCAUCGCAUCAGCCACUCUGAUGACCGCUGUACGCCAGACAAGGAUUGA